CUAACCGUCGACACCGACUUUGACAAUGCCGUCGUGAGAGGCGACCAGAUAUAAAAGACGGGGCGGGAGCUCCCUUUGUCCCCCUCUCUCGUUCCUGUUCCUCACUCCGAGCCUCCAAUUCCAGCCUUCACCAAACCAUCUCUUUUUCCUGGUAACUUCCAUUCUUUUCCGCCGGUCGGUCUUUACAUCAUCAAAACAAUAUUUUUUUGUUUUAUUUCAACCCCCACAAAAAACCACCCACAAACUACCCCCCCAAACGGAAAUCACCAGCCAAAAUGCAGAUGUCCCUGACCACCGUCCUCUUCGGCCUCGUCGCCCUGGCCGCCGCCAUGCCCGGCGAGCCCCUCAUGGCGCGCCAGAACCAGGGCCGCCCCGUGCCCCAGGGCACCUGCUGCGUCGCCAACACGUCCCUCAAGCAGGACUCGUGCCAGGCGGCCGGCGGCGCCGGCAAGUGCGUGCCCGGCGGCAACGACUGCGGCAGCCGUCUCAGCUGCGUCGCCCAGGCCAACCUGGUCUGCGACAACAACGUCAAGGAGCGCAACGGCAACCUCUGCCGCGCCAAGGCCGCCAACAACAAGCUCUUCGACGGCGGCAACCUGAUCGACAGCCUCGGCCAGGCCAAGGUCAACUAA